AUGGCAGUUAUUGAAGUUCUCAGAGAUAAUGCCAUUGUUAAUACAUAUGAAAAUUAUGCCCUUCAUUAUGACAACAGGAAUUUCAGUAUAUUUUAUAUGGAUCUCACUAAUAUGUUUAUACGUACAUUCAAAGACAAAAGUUGUGACAAGGCAGAGCGCACCAAAAGCUCGUGUGUGCGGGUGUUCUCCCUGCAGACAGAGGUGUGGUCGGCGCCAUCAACAGAGGUGUACCUGAGGAAACACCUGGGGACAGCUGGACAACCCCAGAGCACCUUGUCACCCCUCACCUCACUCACCGCUUGCUACCGGAUCCGCAACACCGCCUUCGUCCAGGAAGAGACUCAUCUGUCAUAUGCCCUCCCUGACUCAGCCAAUGCCUUCCUUAUCUACACUAUGUACUCUGGGGAGGCGGCUAUGUUGGUAGAAACACAACACAUCAGCGGCGUGUUCGACUGUUACUUCGACAUCUACCACUAUCCGUUCGACUCCCAGCAUUGCUUCGUCAGGCUCCUCUUCGGCCGAGAAUUGGGCGAGUACAUAACGGUACACGAGGACAGUACACUAGUGAGGUACCUGGGGGCCGAGGCUCUACCCUCACACCUGGUGGAUAACUUCACUGUGAGGAGCAUUCAGGAGGCUCAGGGCACAACACUACAGGUUUACUUCACUCUAGAGCGACGACCAAAAUUCCUGGUGAUCAAACUCUUCAUACCAUCCUUCAUGCUGGUGGUGGUCGGCUACGUCACCCUCUACAUCCCCAGGAACCUUCUACAGGCUCGACUGGUACUGAGUCUUACCACCAAGCUGGUACUCUAUACCCUCUUCUCCCAGGCCUCCUCCUCUCUCCCUGACACCGCCUACGUCAAGCUCAUCGACAUCUGGUUCUUCUUCUGUAUAUGUAUGUUAUUCUUCAUCAUCCUCUUCCACGUCUUCGUUGAUUACCUCCCCGACAAGAAGGUAAACGUCGCAAGGGUGACCACUUUGCUGUCGAGGGAACAGAAGCUUCUGAAAGUUCCCAAGUUAUCAGCAGACGGGGCACUCAAGUUCGUCAGGUAUCUCUUCGUCCCCAUCAGCAUCAUCGUGUUUUUGAGUGUAUAUUGGUCCAUGUUAACACCUCUUUAA